AUGUCCAACUUUCGAAAAGAUUACAGCACAACGUCUCACAAACCGGAAUUGGAGCUUGGAGCUGUGUUAGCCGUCAUUUGGACGAGCACUCUUCCAACGGUCAUUCAUCUUUAUGAGACACAGCCUUCCAUUCAACUCGGAUAUACAGUUCUUCUCGCCUGUGCCUUCCUUGGGAGCGUCUUGGACUACAUCGCAUCUGGCCUGGAUUCAUCGGUUAUUCGGAUCCGAUUCCCCUACCACUGCACCUCGCUCGGCUUACUGUGUUUGGCUCCAGCGGCUCAGGCUUUGGCCGAGACUCGACCUGCAUUUCCAACACUGGCGACUGAGUUCAUCCACAUGGUUUUAAGAAACUGUCUUGGGGCUGCAAUUUAUCUGACGGGCCCUUUGGAGCGAAUCAAUUUCCUGUCCCGACUGCAGCCCAGUCUUUGUGUGAUGUACCUGUGUGUUAUAUACAGCCUAGUGAGUUAUUCGAAGGCGCUCAUGCAGGUCAUUGUCUGA